AAUCGUACUAAGACAUCUUCUUGAGACUGGGCACUCAUUCUACCUUUACUUUUACUCCUGACGCAGCCUUCCAAGCCCUUCAUUGCAUCACUCUCUUGACCAUUCUUUACUCUUUCUUCCAAGACUAGUCUUGACAGCCCCCAACCUCUCAGAAAACCAAAAACCAAAAAAGCUGAUCCGACGUCCGGGAGGACAGGUAUCCGUCGCUUCGUUGCUCUGCUGCUAUAUCAUCGUUGGCCGCGCGGGACCUCCCUCGACCUGGAGUUCCCAUCCGUCACAUUGCAUCAUCCGCACGUGCGCCUGCGCUGCAUAUCGAAUCGACUGCUACUGCUGUACAAGCACGUCGAGUUACGACCAAAAGAAUCGACGCUCAUACACAUCAACUGCCAACUGCCAUCUGCGUUCCCUGUUCUCGUCUCCGUCUCUGUCUCCCACCUUUUCCUUCCGUCGGCCUUUUUUUUUUUACUUCACAAUAAAGCACCUACCCAUCUGCUCCCUAAAUCCAACUAUAUACCUCCCUCAGUCGACGCUGGUUGGUGUGUAUGUGUUCUGGCACACUAGCGGCGGUUCCCUACCAGCGCAAUUCCUUCCUCCUAGGUCAUCGUACCUGCCACUCUCAACCCUUCUCAUCAUUACUGCGACCACUCUCGCACCUUGGCCCCGCCCCCCGACGACAAUUUUCUAUUCGCAUCAUCAUCUUCUCUUUCUUUUCCUCCCCCUCUCUCCUUCACUCUCUCGACGACGCCCUCGCAAUCACAACUUUUUAUAUCGCUUCGUUCGCUGUUCACUGUCCUCCUCCGCCUCUCCCCUCUAUGGUCUCUCGCUCCCGGUCAACACGGCUGUUUUACCUUGAAAACCUGCGAUUUCCUAUCCCGACGACAACUGUAUACUGACUUUAUUCUCACCGACCUCGAAGACGCAAAGUAUCAGAUAUACCACGACACCGGCUCCUCUCAAGGAUUAAGCAUUCUCCAACCAAACUGUCCUUCGACUCUCGGGCAUGCGAUCCAUCUGCCGGGACAAUCUUGCGGUCUAAUAACUCAGCCUGUGGGAAAGGCAUUUGUCCGUGUAUAUACUACAACCCUACCUUGCCACGUCUUUUUGACACCGGCUGUCUCUAGUCACGAAACCCCGUCGUCUCGGCAUCAACGAAAAACGGUCCGCCAUGUGGGAAGUCGUGUGGACGGAUCCCGACAGGGAGUCCAGGAAGGAGCAUCGCGAUCGGAAGGCCGUCGAGCGAGAGAACAAGGAUAAGGCCCGCACAGCUAGAAGCUCAAUGUCCACUCGGAGCUCGUCGUCGUCCGAAAACAAGCCCUUUAGCUUUUUCGGAUCCAAGGGUCUUAAGCGGACACUUACACCAUCAAGCGCCAAAGCAUCAAUGACAACCGCACUGAAAGCACCAAGUAUCGACAGUGCCUACAGAGGCUCGCUCUUGUCGAAUGUCUCGGAGCCACCGCCAUUGCCUACGGAGCUCCCCUGCAGUCCUGUCACGGCCGUAGAUCACACUCUCCUGCCGGAACACUUUGCUGAAUCGUCCCAAAGCUCGCCCAUAUCGUCUAACAGAGACUCUGUAUUCUCCAAGUGGACCGACACUUCGCUCGCUGGGCCAACGUCUCCCUGCAACACAUCCGUGGCUGAGUCGACGGCAGCAAAACGGGAGCACUACGUCCAGACGCUCAGCCCAACGUCCUUCAUUACCAAGAGCACCGAGGUUACCAUCUUGCCCCGGACGAUGGAGAACGACAUCGCGGGCAUGGUCUCGCAUAUCACCAUUACAGCUGAGCCAGUCAAGGAGGGGCCGCCAACCCCUCCUCGCUCGCCAGCAACGCAACCUGCGGUUUCGGCUAUGAUAACCCCUUCCAUGCUUGACACGCCCGUCAACCUAUUCCCAGGACAGACCAGUCCAAAACAAUCCUUACGACGGGUGCCUUCCUGGACGACGGCGUUUAAGCCCAAUAACCCUGAUGCCUGGAAGCCUCCAGAUGCGUGGGACUGCGGCCCUCCGCCCGAAGUGCGAACCCCGAUGGUUGAGGAUGUUAUUGAGGAGAUAUCGGAGCUUGAAGCUGGGCUCGCCAUGUCCAUGGACCUCAACAGCAUGCAACGCGAGGUCAGGCGUAUGGCCGCCGCAAGCUACAGCAUCCGCCUCCUGCGCCUGAAAGAGGUCUGGGGCGACACUACCGACGCUAAUCUCUACAAGGAAUUGGAGAUGGAAAAGAAAAGAUGGAUGCUCUCGUCGUUGAACAACAUGGACAAGCAGGCCAACCAAACCCAGACUUCUCACCCUAAUAAGAUUACUCCGGCCAAAGCGAAGAAGGUCCUGGCACUCUACGAGACUCAAGCGACCACAUCAUACUUGGCCGCUCUCCACUUCAACAAGCAAGUCUACCAUAUGUCCUCCUCGCCCCUUUCUCACACUCUUUUCCCCAACAUACAUCCGGUUCUCGUGCCGGCCAUCUCGCCAUCGGCUUUCCCCGUUGCCCCGUCUCUGUUUGGCGUAGCCUAUGCGCUGGCGCUCCCGGCACUACUGCCAUCGUCCGAAGUACCUGGCCUCCUCAAGAAUGUCCACCGGUGUCUUGCUGUUGGCGGAGCCCUACAUCUGACACUAAUCGAUCCUCUGCCAAUCGCCAGCACUCUGGGUCCGCUUAUGCGCUCGUGGAUCGAGGAGAAUCUAAUCUUCAAUCUGGAGAAGAACUUCCGCUGCAUGAACCCCAGCAAGCUCUUCCCUCUAUGGCUCGCAGACGCUUCUCUCCGUGGCGAGGGCAGUACCAUUACUACGGUGAAAUUCUGCGCCAUGCCUCCCACCGAGAGGCCGGACACAGGCACAACAGACGCCGAACAGGUUACAGACAGAGCCAUUAAGCAGGAGCUACGCAGCAUGGUCGGUCGAAUGCUCUGGAAGGAAGUAUGGGGGCAAUUCGUCACCGCCGACCGAUGGUGGUGGGAGCACCCCGACAUAGUCGCGGAAUGUGAGCAGGUCAAGACGGCGUGGGAGUACAGUAUCAUUGAGGCAGUCAAGAGUGCGUGAUUCCGUCUCGGUUACUGGUAGUUUCAUUCCCCCGAACAGUAUAGGGUGGUAUUUCUUUUGUGUCACUUUCGAGGAGCAGAGAUGCUAUUCUUGACAUGGCGUUGGAGGCCAGGUUUCUUUCACAAUACCCCCCUCCCCCUGGAUGAUCCACAGAGCCGCUUGCUUCACCUGGCUUGGGAACAGUUUGGCGGAUCCGACGGCACGCGGUGUGGAUUUCUAUGUAUGUGGUAGUGCUCCUAUUUGGUGGGCUCUUUGGUGACUUUUUUGAGAGAACUUAUGAAUGCACAGGUUCACACAGAACCGAGCAGCGACUUUACCUAGGGAAUGAGCCUUAGGACUAGCUAUAGCUAUGACUGCAGAGUACCAAUGUUAAACGGCAAGAUGACCCAGCCUGAAACAGUGUGCCUGCCGUAAUGGUACAUUCAACGUCUGUUUAGUCGCGCGAUGGCUUCUAGGAUUCAAUUUCAUGCUCCUCCCGAACCGUUGCUAGAUGAACAUUGCAUUAUGAACUCUUUAAUCGAGAGACUCGAAAUAUCACGGUAAGUCGGAACCAACGACGGGUGUUCUUAAGAGGGAGAGGUCGUCCGCAAAGAGUUGGGCACUGUCAAACAAUCCGAUGGAGAAGGGAUGGGGAGGCUCAACUAGUCAGUCAACAGCAUUUUGUUGAUGGUUCUACAGGCCUCGUUCGUCUUUCAUGAGUUCGGAUGAUAACCACGCAUGGGUUGCAGCGGCUCUUUUGUCCAAGGAGCCCCAGAGUUUGGACGGCUAUGAGUGGGGGAGGAGGGCGAUCCCCAGAUCCUCGAAGUGCUUGGUUCCGACGAACCGUCAUCGAUCCCUGUCCGUCCCCGCACCCUCCACCCCUCUACCCUUUUGUGUUUGUCGCAGUGCAU